UUACACUAACAACAAUUAUGUAUUUGUUUCGUUACAAUAAUAAUUUGGAGGAAUUUACAGAAAAUUUUUUCUAUGCACUCGCAUUGCUUUGCGCGUCAAUUAAAAUAGGCAAUUUAUUUAUUAAACGAAAUCAAAUUAUUGAAUUAAUUGAUAUGCUAAUUGAUGAGAAAUUCAAUCCACAAGAUGAUGCUGAAGUUAAAAUUCAAACGAAAUUCGACAAAUUUUCAAGCACGACAAUAUUAUUGAAAGCAAUUGGACCUUUGAUACAAAAUAAUAAUGGAGUAUUACCUUAUAAGGCAUGGAUGCCUUGUGAAAUUGAGAAAAGACUGUCAUUUUGGAUGAUUUAUGGACUUCAGACUAUUGGCUCUUUUGGCGCUGGACAGACGACAAUAGCAAUUGAUACAUUUGCCAUGACAAUGAUGCUGCAACUUUGUUCGCAAUUGGAAAUUUUAAUGCAUCGAAUGCAAAAAUAUCCCUAUCUCUCAUUGGAGACAAAGAUUUAUGGCGAUAUUCGCCAAAAAAGAGAAAAUAAUAUUGGUAUGUGGGUGCAGCAUCAUCAAUCCAUGUACAUGUGAGUGUUCAUCCCACACUUUUUUUUCUAAUCCAUAUUUUGUGAUUAAAAAUUUUUUUAAAGAUUUUACAC